AUGGCGGCGAAGUUCGCUCUCCGUCUUCUCGCAGUUGUGCUGCUGAUUGAUGGCAGCAUCAGUCUUCCGAUCCUCUCGCAGCUCUCGCAUCCUCUCUUGAUCUUGAGGCCUCCUCGAGGAGAAAAAUCCGCAUCGGGAGCUGCUGCUUUGCGGGCAUCGCACGUUCCUCCUCCGCCUCUAGUGAGAGGGUUCGGGGAGGGGCUACGGGAGGACGUGAGCUCGAGGUCCAAGUUGUACUGGAGCGACAUCAAGGACGGGCUGAAGCUGCAGACGCUCUCGACCGUCGCCUUCCUCUUCUUUGCGUGUCUCGCCCCUGCCUUGGCGUUUGGAGGGCUCAUGUCCGGCAUGACAGGAGGAAACAUCGGUACCGUCGAGUACCUGAUGAGCACGGGGAUCUGCGGGAUGGUCUACGCAGCUUUCUCUGGGCAGCCUCUGACUAUCAUCGGGAGCACGGGGCCUGUCCUUGCCUUCACUGCCGUCCUCUAUCAGUUCUCGCUCAGCAUGGGCCUUCCCUUCCUUCCCCUCUACGCCUGGACGGGGUUGUGGAGUAGCUUGUUCCUCCUCAUGGGAAGUUUCUUCUCCUUCUCAAACGUGGUCGCCCGGCUCACGCGGUUCACGGACGAGAUCUUCUCGCUUCUCAUCUCCUUCAUCUUCAUCUUCGAGGCCGUCAAGGAGUCUUGGAAGCUCUUUGCCGUCGCUCGGACUCCCGCUGCAUUCAACAUCGCAAGCUCGAGCUUGAUCCUCGCCUCCUCCGCCUUCCUCACUGCUACCUCCCUCUCCAAGCUCCGCGCCACCAAAUUCUUCAACAAGUCUCUACGUGACACGAUUUCCAACUUCGCUCCCACCAUCGGCGUUGCGCUUGCAUGGUUUAUCGGCAUGCAGUUCAAGUCCAACUUCGGUAUCAGCUUGAGCGGCCUCGAUGUUCCUGCUGCUCUUUCCACCACCAGCGGACGUCCAUGGCUCAUCGACUUGAUGGAACUUCCUCUCUGGGCCCGAUUCGCGUCCGCCGUCCCCGCGUUCAUGGCGACCAUCCUGCUCUUUAUGGAUCAGAACAUCACGGUCAGGCUCGUCAACUCGGACAAGCACAAGCUAAAGAAGGGGCACGGCUACGACCUCGACCUGCUCAUCAUCGCUCUCCUCACAGGAGGCUGCUCCGUCAUCGGGUUCCCUUGGCUCGUCGCUGCCACCGUCCGUUCGUUGGCGCACGUGCGGGCCAACACCGUCUACCAGAGCGGAACGACCAACGUGCAAGGAGUGCUGGAGCAGAGGGUCACUGGCUUUCUUAUCCACCUCCUCAUCGCUCUCUCCAUCCUCUUCCUCCGUCCUACCCUGGCAACAGUCCCCAAGUGCGUCAUGACAGGCCUCUUCAUGUACCUCGGCGCCUCCUCGCUGGGCGGGGUUGACAUGUGGGAGCGAAUGAAGCUGCUCAUCUCUGAGAGGGUGAACGACAACAAGUUCCUAUGGAAGGACAAGCUGAUCCCCAGCACAGUGUUGUCUUCCUUCACUCUCAUCCAGAUGGCUUGCCUUGCCAGCAUGUUCCUCGUGAAGGAAUCGGCUAUCGGCGUUUUCUUCCCUGUCCUCAUCGCUGGCCUCGGCCCCGUCCGUUCGCUUCUCAGCCAA